AUGGCCACUACCAAAGCACAAGCUGUUGCCGACAUGCGUGCAUUCGCUGAUGCUGACAAUCCCCUCGAGGAAAUUACGCAAGCCAACCAGAUCAAGUCUCCUCUACUCAAAUUGCCCGCCGAGAUUCGCGGCAUUAUUUACGAAUAUGUCUUCUGCGACCUCAUUGUCCGAGUCAAUACAAACGAGCCCCGGCUCAAACGGUACAGCACCUACCUCCAACCACUUGCACCACGCCAAUUAUGUCGUCAAAUUCGUUGCGAGACCCAAUCUGCCUAUUUCAAGUACACCCAGUUCUACUUCCAGAACUAUGAUCUCUGUGACAGCAGCGACAAAUUUGGCGGCGAAGAGGCUCAUGAAAGGCUUAAAAGUCGUCGGAAGAGAGUUGAGCGCAUCCACAUCAUAGUCACCCCUAUGAGGACUGCUUCGAGCUAUUACAAGCACUACGAGACGCAGCCCAGAGAACAUGUGUGUUUUAUGUUCGGGAAUAACGACAUUCAAUUGCACAUCAACGAUGACUGA